AUGUCUUUUGGAAAGCAGCUCGGCGAUGUGCCCCCUGGCCAAGUACCACCGACAACGCUGCCAUCGGCACUCGAUCGUAUGCUCCUUAUUGGCGAUCCUCAAUUGACAGACGCGUAUUCCUAUGACCGUCCAGGAAUAGUGCUUCGUAUAUCCGAAUUUUAUAGCGAUCUCUAUAUGCAUCGCAACUACCGACAUUUGAACCGUCAAUUGAAUCCACAAGCGCAGUUAUUCAUGGGUGAUCUCAUGGACGGUGGCCGAGAAUGGAAUGAUGUCGGAUACCAAAAGCAAGUAACACGCUUCAGACGCUUAUUUCACUCUACAAAACCACAAUUCUUCAUGGCCGGUAACCACGAUAUCGGUUUCGGCAAUGGGAUCAAGAAGAAUAUACUCGAACGCUUCGAAAACGAAUUCGGACCGACAUCCUACACGUUCAACAUUUCAGAAUACUCGAUCGUGGUAUUAGACACCGUAUCACUCAGUGCUACCAACGAUGACCUACCUAGCAAACAAAGCGCUUUGGAUCUAUUGGACCGCCAUUUACCACCACAUCCUCGCAUCCUGUUUACACAUGUACCGUUGUAUCGACCACCCACCGCUUCAUGUGGACCGGAUCGACAACAGUAUAAAAAAGGCAUCCGCCAGGGCCGUGGAUACCAGUACCAAAAUCUAGUCGGCGAACGCUUGUCGCAACAGAUCCUUGAACGCGUCAAUCCUGUCGCUGUAUUUUCGGGCGACGAUCAUGAUUAUUGUGUCGUCAAUCAUCGAUAUAACAGUCAACAGUUUACUGAAACAUUGGAAAUGACGAUACCGACUUUUAGUAUGGCACAAGGCUUGAAAUACCCAGGCGUAGUUUUGCUCGAUUUAACCCCAACGAAGCACCAAAAAGCGGACAGCACACAACAACAAGAAGAAGGAGGAGGAGGAGAACCAGGACAGGAUUAUUUUGCUACAAAGCUAUGCUGGUUACCAGAUCAAAUUGCCAUCUUUAUUGGUUAUGCGUGUUUACUGGUUGUAUCCGUCUCGGGGUUGGCUUUGAUGCAUCUUUCAAGAUGGUUGAGAUUACGGAAACAGCGCGGAUUUGGCAAAAGUUAUGAUGAAGAUGCUACGCCUACAUUGCCAGCACCUUCUGUCAUGGCUCCACGACCCUCACCCAUUAGAAGAACAUUGUCCAUGUUGGCCAAGGAUAUAUCCGAUGUGGCCUCCGUGGGUGUUCUGACAUACCUUGCAUGUAUAAUGCUAUUGUAA